AUGUCCGAAGCAUCGGAAAGCUCGUCCGGCGAAAUGAACGAAGGGAAUGCCCAGCCGAUGCCAGCAGAGACUGGCUCGCCUGCAGAUCCGAUGAACUCAGCGAAUUCGCCCAUGGAAUCGCAAUCUUCGCCAACGACUUCCACGCCGGAAGAACGACAGAAUCAAGUUCAACAGGCUCGCGCCGAACUCGCAGGCCGUCGCCAACCGAUCGAUGCCGACAAACAAGCAGCGGAACAGAUCGCCCAACUGCUCGACAACAUCGACAACUCAGGCGCCAAGAUCCAAGAACUGUCCGAACAAUUGAUGGCAAACAACCAAGCUGCAGAAAACGCCACGCAACCGAUGGGGGAAGGAGAACCAUCCAAACCCGAAAAUGGAGAAGGCUCGCAACCGAUGCCUUCUGAAAGCAGUUCUGGAGACGUAGAUCCUAGCAACACUACCGGCGAGGCUUCUGGCGAAGCUCCGGCAGACCAAGAAACUCAGCCUAACCCAAUUGCUUCUCAGCUGGCCGAAUCGAUGCGUCAGUUCGCCAAUUCGCAGCGAGAAGCAACCCAGUUGGCCGCGAACACCGCUCAGCAAAACCAGAUCGCAAAUCAACCGGUUCGGGACGCAUUACAAACGGCCUCGCGACUUCCGGUUCCCAUGUCGCAGAUGAAUCAGCCUGCCGAAGGCAACUCUGGUGAUGAAGCUGCCGCAGAAGGAACAGCACCAUCGAGCGACGCAGAAGGCCAACCGGGGGAUACCACUCAAGAGCCCGGUAGCCCUGCGGAUGGCUCACCCAUGGGUAGCACUCCGUCCGAGCCAAGUAGCAACCCAACGCAAUCUGGUACCCUGGCUUCCCAAGAAAGCCCCAAUCAGCAGCCGUCGGGCGAAAUGGGGAACUCAAUGGUUUCUCCUACACCACAAGUGACCGCGCAAGCGUUGGCUGGUAUGGAGGCCAUGGAAUCACUUUGGGACCAAAUGCCCGAAUUGAUUGCCGAUGGCGAUCCCUCCAACUCGAACGAGGUCGCCACGAUUGAUCCACUCGGUAUGGCGGCGCCUGCGUCGGCCAUGCUCGACAAUCCUUCCGAAUGCGAAAACGCGUAUGGCAAACUUCGCGACGAACUGGCCAAAGUGAUCGUCGGGCAGUCGGACGUAAUCGAGCAAGUUCUCGUUGCGAUGUUCGCUCGUGGACAUGCACUUUUGGAAGGGGUGCCCGGACUGGCGAAGACUCUUUUGGUGAGUUCGUUGGCAGAAUCGCUGCACCUGAGUUUCAAGCGAAUUCAGUUUACCCCUGACCUGAUGCCAAGCGAUAUCACCGGGACAGAGAUCAUUCAGGAAGACCUGGAAUCGAAGAAGCGACGGUACGAGUUUUUGGAAGGCCCGAUCUUCGCGAAUCUGAUUCUCGCCGACGAAAUCAACCGCACUCCACCGAAGACCCAA